AUUGCCACAACAUUUUGAGAAAAGAAGAUACCUUGUGACGUGAUAUGGAUGGACAUUGAUUACAUGAAUGCUUGGCGUUGUUUUACGUUCGACCGUUGCUGCCACAGAGAACUCUUCACGUAAUCCAGAGACACAUGUUUGUGUACUAGGUUUCAAUCUCUCGCUGAUGGAAACGUUUCCUGAACGAGCCAAGCUCUCCGAUUUGCUGCAUGAGAGGGGUUUCAAGGGUGUGUGGAUGCUUGAUCCUGGUAUCAAGCAAGAACCAGGCUGGUCUUUGUAUGACUCUAAAACGGCUGAGGAUGUUUGGGUCCUUCAGGCGAACAAGAAACUUUACGCUGGUGAAGUGUGGCCUGAUCCAUGUUGUUUCCCAGAUUACACUCAAGCAAAAACUAAAAAAUGGUGGGGAGGGCUGGUAAAAGAUUUUGUCAAGAUCGGUGUCAAUGGGAUUUGGAAUGACAUGAAUGAACCUUUCAGUCUUGAAGGGACUCAUUUUGCUCUUAAGCUUUGAUUUGGUUUUUUGCACCUUAAAAAGUGUCUUCGGAUGAAGUUAAUCUUGAAAUCUCCGUCGUGCGCAGAGUUUGUCAAAGACGAUGCCUGAUACAAACGUUCAUAGAGGAGAUCAACAUCUCGGUGGAAGUCAAAAUCACCAG